AUGGCGGAGGUUGGCGGGAGAGACGUUCGGGGGCCUCUGAGCUCGGCUCGGCGGCGCAGCGCGCGCCCUUAUGCGACGCCUAUCCUGGGCGCAGUGGCAUUCCGCAGGUGCGGGGCUUCGGCGGAAUUUCCUAACGACGAGCUGCAGUUCACUCUCAUGCACGACCAGCCUGGGCGCAUAUCUCGGAUCUUUGAGACUGCCUGGUCAGAGCUCCUAGACGAGCCUCGCAAGAUGAAGUGCAUUCUGCCCGCCGGCAACACGCCCGUCGACUUUGCGGUCUCGCGUCGGGACCGACAGGGCAACCCCCUGCCGCCCUCGGGGUCUUCCGCUUCCUUGGCGGGGGAAGUGGCCGCCGCGCGUGGCAGGGGGACUUCAUCGGGGCUUCCGAAGAUGCCGAAGGAGCACUCAUUGCGCCGCAGGAUACAGGAUUUCGUCACGCACGAGAGGUCGAGCAGGACUCAGCAGUCAAGCAUUUGCUCGGCCUCCAGAUGGUCGAUCUGUUGCGCCAACAAGGCUGUCACAAUCUAG